AUGAAUUCCCCAUCAGAUGAUGGACAGUAUACAGACACCGAUAGGGAAGAAGGUGCUAUCGAUGAUGAUAAGAAAAGCUCAGAAGACAGCAUUUCUGUUGAGCGAAUAUCCGUUUCUUGCAAUAGUUCGGAUCUGAAUGGUCGUAAUACAGAAGUCGAAAAAAGACGUCAGGAACAUUCAUCAUCUUCAUCGAGUGAUGUUGAGGGUGAAGAAGCUCGAUUACGCCAAAAGUUACUGGAAAGGCGUAGUGUGCUGAGCAGUUCAUCAGUGUUGAAGCGUGAAGUUAUCGAAGUGGAUCGUGGUAAUACAUCUUCGGUUUCGGUUACAAUCACUAAUAUUGAUAAGAAAUCGAAAUCGAAAAUGCAGUCGAUAUCUCCCAAAACAAAAAAGUCAUCAAAACCGACGUCUAAUGUAAAUGGCUCAAGCGAUGAUGAAGAGAUGUUUUCAAUCCAGCCUAAAGAAUCGAUUGUAAAACAGCGUAGUCAUUCCGCUCGCCUUCAUGAGUAUAGGGAACGUGGAGGACCUGGCGAUAAGAUCAGAAAGCCGGAAAAAACGCGAGAUGAAAAACAUUGGCAUAAGGAACGAAAACAUGAUAAGCACUUUCAUAGUGAUUAUGCCAACAGAGAUUAUGAUUCUCGUGAAAUCCAUAAACGUCACGUUUCUGGCAAACAUCAACAACCUCGAGAGCAUGAAUCACGGCUUACUGGACGUGUAGUUUUGCCUGAUUCAAAAUCAGCACAGAAACUUUCAUCCAUGAAGAUGUCUUAUAAAGAACGCGAAAAUCAUGGUGAAUCAAAAAUAGAACGAUUGCAUCAUGGAAAAGAUGCAAACAAAAGCCGAUCUCCACGUAAACGUGAAGCUAAUAUAAGUCCCAAGCGAGGUGGUGUUCUUUUAGAAGCAGAACUGCCAUCAAAAAAAAUGCAUAUGGAAAAGACUGAUGGAACCGCAAUGGAGGUAAUAGCAACAAGUGCCACCGAUAAUGCCGGAAAAACGGUAGAAAAGAAAAUGCAAGAAGUACAUGCUGAAACAUACAGUAAUAAGUUUGAUCAAGCGAUUAGCGCAGAUGAAAUGCAAGAAGAACAACCAUCAAUUUUGCAAAACGCUACGCCAGUGGGUCCAUCGAAGUACUCGAAGUUCGAUAGUGAUCCAGAAGAUGAACAAGAAGAAAAAGGAGAAAGCAAACUUCCUGAUGCAAAAGACAAAACAGAAAUGGUUGUGGAUAGUGCUUCGGAUGUGGAAAGUGAUGUAAUUUUGCGUGAUUUGGAUGAGGAUAGCAUGGAUUUACUCGAUUUUGAUGAGGAACAGAUGGCUAAUUUAUCGCCAGAAACACGAACCAGACUCGAAGAAGAGCAGCAAAAGAGACUGAUAGCCAAGCUACCCGUUUAUUAUCCUGGUAUUAGUGGCUGCCGAAACGUUGCUGAAUUUGAAUGUUUGAACCGCAUUGAGGAAGGUACUUUUGGUGUUGUUUAUCGUGCCAAAGAGAAAAAAACAGACGAAAUAGUUGCACUAAAGCGUUUAAAAAUGGAGAAAGAAAAGGAAGGCUUUCCAAUCACAUCGCUUCGUGAAAUUAACAUGCUUCUGAAAGCUGGCAAUCAUCCAAACAUUGUUAAUGUUCGAGAAAUAGUAAUUGGUUCGAACAUGGAUAAAAUUUAUUUGGUUAUGGAAUAUGUUGAGCAUGAUAUGAAAAGUCUUAUGGACACCAUGCACUCACGUGGAAAGCGUUUUAGGACGGGCGAAGUGAAAACUUUACUUCAUCAGCUGCUUUCCGGUGUAGCACACAUGCAUGAUGAAUGGAUUUUGCAUCGAGAUUUAAAAACAUCAAAUCUUCUUUUGUCACAUAAAGGGAUCUUAAAGAUAGGCGAUUUUGGUUUGUCACGUGAAUUUGGGGAUCCUCUGAAACCAUAUACACCUAUCGUUGUUACUUUGUGGUAUAGAGCCCCGGAAUUAUUGCUGGGUGUUAAGGAGUAUUCAACAGCUGUCGAUAUGUGGUCUUGCGGUUGUAUCUUUGCUGAAUUCGUAAAAUUAAAACCGUUGUUUCCUGGAAAAGGCGAAAUGGAUCAGAUUAAUAAAAUCUUUACUGAUCUGGGAACUCCGGACGACAACAUCUGGCCUGGUUAUAGCAGUCUUCCCGGUCCAAGAAAAACGACUUUUGAGCAUCAUGAUACAGGAGAAUUGGAAAAGAAAUUUCCAACAAGUUUGAUCGAUGAGAGAGGAUUAGAAUUUAUUAAAGAGUUACUGACUUAUGAUCCAGCUAAGCGAAUUUCUGCUCAUGAAGCGUUGGCUCAUGAUUGGUUUGAACGUUAUCCACCACCCACACCUCCAGAGAUGUUCCCAACAUGGCCAGCAAAAAGUGAAUUGGGUAAAUCGGUUGUAAAGACGCCGAUUACAAAACCUUCUUCAUCUAAAGAAGUACAAAACGCAAAAUUAUACAAAGAGCUCAAAGUAGAACCGAAGAAAGAAGCAUCAACAAGUUUUGCAUUAAAGUUUGAUGUAGCUCCAAAAUUCAGCAAAUAA